AUGAAGACCCCAACAGCAUCGCUGGCUACAGCAAUAUAUCUAGCCCACUUGAUCUCUUCUGUCUCAGUGGCAGGUUUCGUUGUGCCUCGACACUCUUCCUCCUCCUCCUCCUCCUCCUCCUCGAACCGCGACCACAGCUCUCCCAGUGGCACGCCGUGGUCAGCAUCCAACUUCGAUUCCCUCAUCACCUUCGGCGACAGCUACACGGACGAAUCGCGACUCGGAUGGUUCAUCAACCACAACGGCUCCGCCCCACCAGCCGGGACAUUGUUGCCUGAGAGCAAUUCCACCGCAGGCGGAGGACGGACGUGGCCACGGUACGUGGUGCAGUAUACGGGCAGCACUGACAACAACGACGCAUGGACGCCCCAGAUGACGCUGUACAACUAUGCCGUGUCUGGAGCGGCGUGUUCGAAUGAAAUUACGCCACGCUGGUUCUCAACAAUCAACGCCCCCUUCCCAUCCGUUCUCGACUACGAAAUCCCCGCCUUCCGCGCCGACCUCAGUGCCACACGAUUCAACAGCACACCCCCCGAACCCUAUUUCACACCCUCGCUCACAGCCUCAUCAGCCGUAUAUGCCCUAUGGAUCGGCACCAACGACCUGGGAGUCUGGGCAUUUCUAACAGAUUCCCAAAUUCCUGGCAAAGUCCUCAGCGACUAUACAUCGUGCAUCUACGAGGUCUUUGACAAUCUAUACGCCAGCGGCGGACGGCGAUUCGUGCUGAUGAACACUGCGCCCCUAGAACUCGCGCCACUAUAUGCGAACGAGACACUUCACGGCGUCGGCGACAACCAGUACUGGCCGGACAAACCGAGCAAUUUAACGCAGAUCGCAGAGACUAUGCAUGAGUACACUUCGACUGUCAACACUGUGUUUCGGUAUCAGACGCCCUUUGAUAUUGCUAAAAACAGGUAUCCUGGGGCCGAGUUUGCAUUGUUUGAUGUCCACGGUUUGAUACUGGAUAUCUACAAUAAUCCUACGACUUACCUCAAUGGCACGGGCGUUGGACCCGGAAGUGAGAGUGUUUGGGGGUAUGAGAAUCAUUGUAAUGUUAAUCAGACGGUUUGUGUGAAAAGGGAGAAUGGAACGAAUCCAGAUGCGUUCUUGUGGUUUGAUGAGUUGCAUCCUAGUGAGCAAACGGAUCGGAUCAUCGCACGCCACUUUGUCGAUGUCUUGAAUGGGAACUCGACGUAUGCUACCUACUACUAG